AUGAGAGACGCGAGCUUUCAGCACCGUGGAAGAUUGAAUACCGCUUACUCUUCUGCAUUGUUACAAAUAACAGAAGAAUGCGGCCCUUGUGGUCUUUUUGCGGAGGAGUAUGUAACUCGCAUGAUGGUGCACUUAAACAUUGCAUUAUUGUCACUGUUGUAUCCCGAACUUAGGGAUAAGGGUGCUAGCCUGGCGGUGCGCUUAGCAAACUUUUAUGAUAGAUAG